CCGGGAGAACAUUCAGUACUUGUCGCGAACUAAGCCAGAGAAGAAGAAGGCGGAGGACCGGGUUGGAGUGGGGGGGGGGGGAGUUCAUGUCUUGACGGUCCCUCCUCUUGUUCUGUAUAUUUUUUUUUUUUCCCCCACGAUCCUCCCUCGAGCUCUCCUUACGGCUCAUACACAAAACCGUGAGUCACCGGAGCGGACCUGGGGAACGACCCGCUGAAACGCGCUCGUGUCUCGGUCGUCUCUUCCCACCCGCUUCGGUCUCCCAAUUUUGGCCUCAACUUGUUUUGUUUUUUUUCCUCGCACUUUUUUUUUUUUGUCGACAAUGCCCGAGGACGUCGGACCAGCCAAACCCGGCGGCGUGAUCGCCUACAUCUCGUCGGGCGCCGCCUCCAGCCCCGAGUCGUGCAUGAGCACCAGUCCCGCCGCCGGCGUGGGGGGCAGCUUCCUGUCCACGUCCCCCACUCCUCCCCGCCCGUCGCUGCCCAGCCGGGCGGUGGGCAUGGUGGUGGACAUAGCGCCGCCGACCAAGAGCGGAGCCAGAGGGGCCAACGGCGCGGAGAAGGCCGGACGCUCGUCCACAUCCGCCAAGAGCAGCAUCACCAAAAUCAAUGGAAUGGUGCUGCUGUGUAAAGUGUGCGGAGACGUCGCUUCAGGCUUCCAUUACGGCGUCCAUGCGUGCGAAGGUUGCAAGGGCUUCUUCCGCAGGAGCAUCCAGCAGAACAUUCAGUACAAGAAGUGCCUCAAGAUGGAGAAUUGCACCAUCAUGAGGAUCAACAGGAACCGAUGCCAGCAGUGUCGCUUCAAGAAAUGCUUGGCCGUCGGGAUGUCCAGAGAUGCCGUGCGAUUCGGCCGCAUCCCCAAGCGCGAGAAGCAGCGGAUGCUCCUGGAGAUGCAGAACGCCAUGAACAACAUGAUGAGCAACAACAGCCAGUUGCACAGUAUGCUGCACGGCCACCAGAGCCCGCCGCUGACCAACGACACCAGCCCCUCGCCUUCCUCGUCCAACUCUUCCUCCGCUUCCUCUUCGUCGUCGUCGUCUUCCUCCUCCUCCUCCUCGGAGUCGCCGUCCUGCUCCAACCCCUCGUCACCGCAGUGCCCCCUGCGGGACGCCGAGUCCGUGGUCUCCAUGGACACCAACUCCAGCUCGUCCUCAUCCUGCGGCUCCGACAGCGGCGAGGACGACGUGGCCGUCGUCAGGCAGGCGGAGACGGCGACGUCGCAGUCGCCCCCGGCCUCGGCCGGAAGCGCCUCGGACGUCCGCAUGGAGGCGGCGCAGCAGAGCUGGAACCGCUGGAACGACAAUGGCGGAGACGACAACGACGCGACCAUGUCAGGAUACCGGGAUGCGCCGAACACGUACGCGCGCUUUAACCAGCACGUGCAACAACAACAGCAGCAUCUCGGCGGCGCCCCCGCCUGUCCGAUGGACACGCAGCAGCCGCGGGUCUACCCGAAUAGCAGAGCGCACCUGGUGUGUCCCAUGAACACGUCACCCUACGUGGACCCCAGCAAGCCCAGCCAGGAGAUCUGGGAGGAAUUCUCCAUGAGCUUCACACCCGCCGUGCGUGAGGUGGUGGAGUUCGCCAAGAGGAUCCCGGGGUUCAAAGACCUCCCCGAGCACGACCAAGUGGGGCUGCUCAAGGCUGGCACCUUCGAGGUGUUGAUGGUGCGCUUCGCGUCGCUGUUCAACAUGGCGGAGCGCACGGUGACCUUCCUGAGCGGCAAGCACUACAGCCUGGACACGCUGCGAGCGCUCGGGGCCGGAGAACUGCUGGCGUCCAUGUGCGACUUUAGCGAGAAGCUCACCGCUCUCAGGCUCGACCGCGAUGAGAUGAGCCUCUUCACCGCCGUCGUCCUCGUCUCCGCCGACCGUUCGGGCCUGCAGGACCUGACGGCCGUCGAGGCGCUGCAGGACAAGCUGAUCCGGGCGCUGCGCCAGCUGCUCAUGCAGAACCACGGCGACGAGGCGGCCACCACCUUCACCAAACUGCUGCUCAAGCUGCCCGAGCUGCGAUCGCUCAACAACAUGCACUCGGAGGAGCUGCUCUCGUUCAAGGUGCACCCCUGAUCGUCAUCGUCACGGCAACCAUGACUAUGAUGAUGAUGAUGACGAUGGCGACCAUGGACACGCACUUAGACAGACCAAUCUUGAUGUACUCAAAGGCGAGAAGAAAGAAGUCGUACUGUAUUCGUGGAGAGGAUUGUUGCGAACCAACACGGAGGCACUUGAAAACUUGACCGGCUUUAUGCAAAUGAUGCGAUUUUUCUUUUUUUUUCCUUUUUUUUUUUUUUUCCUAUUUCUAUUUGUUUCCUUUUGGAAGCCAUUUUGAUGCAUGUUGAUAGCGACAAAAAGCUAAUGUGACCAAUGUGCUGCUCAUGCUAAUGCUAAUGCAUGGCUAAACGUGCUCGUGGCCACUUCCUCCUCCUCUUGGCAGACUGUGUGUGUGUGUGUGUGUGUGUGUGUGUGUGUGUGUGUGUGUGUGUGUGUGUGUGGUGUGUGUGUUUAGUAUAAGUGUUCUUGUGCUUUUUUUUUUUUUUCUUUAAAAAGCCACCUCGCCCCCUUAAGCGCACCGCCUGAAGAUUUCCAGAACAUUGGCACACAUUAGCCUGAAUCUACCUGAACCUGCGCACGGUGCUGUGUGGGGCCAGCUGAAGGCCCAAAUGUCAUCAUGAUUUUAUUUUUUUUUCUGUCUUUCCACUUUUUUCAUUGUAUGAUUUUAUUUUGUUGUUAUUGUGUGUGUGUUUGUUUUUCAAUCUAACGUGUUUCAUGCACGGCACUGAAUAUGGAUAAAAAAAGACAAGUGUCGUCCAUUUUUUUUGUUUCUUGUACUUGGCAACACUGUCAAUUGUAAAUAACUAUACAUAUAAAUAUAUAUAAAUAUCUCUUGGACAUAGACAAAUAUGUAUAGUAUAAAGGAAUAAAUAUGGGAGAAGAAGAAAACAAGCUGUGUGUUAUUCAUGAAACGAGGAUUCCACAAGAUGGUGCACACACCACAUUUGGUUUAAUGAAAAUAUUUUAGAACUAAAUCUUGAAGUACUUUUGUCCAAAAAGGAAGAAAAAAAGGGUUUGUCCAAAUCAAUAAUUUGUGAAAAAGAAAUGUCUUUUAUUUUAUAUAUAUAUUUUUUUUAAAAAUAUAUAUUUAUAUGUAAAUAUACAUAUAUUUUUCUUUU